GGAAGCGGAAGUGUCAAUUAAACGGAAGUGGUACUGCCCAGAAGAACAAGCCGAGGAGCGAGACGGAGGUCGUAGACUCCAACUAUACCUUUCGCGGAUAAAAGCAGGGGGAAAGGCCGUUAAUAAUCGUUAACAAUGGACAAGAGUGACCUGGUGCAGAAAGCCAAGCUCGCCGAACAGGCUGAGCGUUACGAUGACAUGGCGGCCGCCAUGAAGUCGGUGACGGAGCAGGGCACUGAGCUGUCCAACGAAGAGCGCAACUUGCUGUCGGUGGCGUAUAAGAACGUGGUGGGCGCCCGGCGCUCCUCCUGGCGUGUCAUCUCCAGCAUUGAGCAGAAGACUGAGGGCAAUGAGAAGAAGCAGCAGAUGGCCAAGGAGUACCGCGAGAAAAUCGAGACCGAGCUUCAGGACAUCUGCAAUGACGUGCUGGGCCUUCUGGACAAAUACUUGAUUGCUAAUGCUAGUCAGGCUGAGAGCAAGGUGUUCUACCUGAAGAUGAAAGGAGAUUACUACAGAUACCUGUCUGAGGUUGCAUCUGGGGAUAAUAAGAAGGCCACGGUGGAUAACUCCCAGCAGGCAUAUCAGCAGGCGUUUGAAAUCAGCAAGAAGGAGAUGCAGCCUACACACCCCAUUCGCCUGGGUUUGGCUCUCAACUUCUCUGUCUUCUACUACGAGAUCCUCAACUCGCCUGAACAGGCCUGCAGCCUGGCUAAGACCGCAUUUGAUGAAGCCAUUGCUGAGCUUGAUACCUUAAAUGAGGAUUCCUACAAAGACAGCACCUUGAUCAUGCAACUACUAAGGGACAACCUGACCCUGUGGACAUCAGAAAACCAGGGUGACGAGGCGGAUGCUGGAGAGGGGGAGAACUAAAGGCAGCGCCUAUCGUCCGACCACAUAUACACAGACACGCACACACACACGCACACGCACGCACACACACACACACACACACACACACACACACACACACACACACACACUGUUCAUCUUAAGAAAAAAAUACACACAAACGGCUUCUUCCACUCCCACGCCCCCUACCAUCUUCCCCCAUUUCCCACCCCAUCCCGAAAUGCCCCAGCCCUACUGUAUGACUAGCAGCAUGAGUUGUACCUGAGCUUACCACAGUCCUGCUCCUCCCGAGGUGCACUAACACAGUACAGGGGAGCGCUCACAGGGGAACAUGCACAUGUUAGCAGGGCCAGUCAUUUUCUUUGUGAAAUUUAAAUGUGGUUGUAUUGAGUAGUGAGUCCAUAUUCUUUGUGCGUGUAUGUUUGUGUGUGUGUGUGUACGCGUGUGUGUGCGUGUUAGUGUGAAUGAGUGAGUGAAUGAGGAAGAAGAGGUGACACAAUAGUCUCCAUGUGCACGUGAAAGAGAGGUUGUGUUAAAAGUGUGUGUGUAAGGGGGUUGGGGGUUGUGAAUUCUAAUCGUCCUUCCUGAUAAUUCCCUUUUUUUUCUCCACCUAGCUGGUUGUGCAUUUUUCAUCCUUUUUUUGUUACGGUCAUAUUUUUUAGUGUAAUUGGUCAUGGUAUUUACAGGUUUUAUUGUAUGGUUAUUAAACUGGCAGUUUAUUUUCACCAA